AAGGAAUCACACAUGAAAUCUUCGGUAUGUUGUUUCCGGUGGGUUGGUUAGCUUGGCAUUAGCUAGUUUUGCAAGCAGGAGGGACCUUCUGCUGGAUUCAGGGAACUAAAAUGGACAGUCAAGGUAGAAAAGUCGUGGUUUGUGACAAUGGAACCGGGUUUGUCAAGUGCGGCUAUGCGGGCUCCAACUUCCCUGAACACAUCUUCCCGGCGCUGGUCGGCCGGCCAAUCAUUCGCUCCACGGCUAAAGUUGGCAACAUCGAAAUCAAAGACCUGAUGGUGGGGGAUGAGGCCAGCGAGCUGCGAUCCAUGUUGGAGGUGAACUACCCCAUGGAGAACGGCAUCGUCAGGAACUGGGACGACAUGAAGCACCUGUGGGACUACACCUUUGGCCCUGAGAAACUCAACAUCGAUUCACGCAACUGCAAGAUCCUCCUGACCGAGCCGCCCAUGAACCCCACGAAGAACAGAGAAAAAAUUAUAGAGGUGAUGUUUGAAACAUACCAGUUCACAGGAGUUUAUAUCGCCAUCCAGGCCGUCCUCACCCUCUACGCUCAAGGACUGCUGACCGGUGUGGUGGUCGACUCCGGUGACGGCGUGACUCACAUCUGUCCGGUGUACGAGGGCUUCUCCCUGCCCCACCUGACCCGACGCCUCGACAUCGCAGGGAGGGACAUCACACGCUACCUCAUCAAGCUGCUGCUGCUGCGCGGUUACGCCUUCAACCACUCGGCCGACUUUGAGACGGUGAGGAUGAUGAAGGAGAAGCUUUGCUACGUGGGUUACAACAUCGAGCAGGAGCAGAAGCUGGCGCUGGAGACCACAGUGCUGGUCGAGUCGUACACGCUCCCGGACGGCAGGGUCAUCAAGGUGGGGGGUGAGAGGUUCGAAGCCCCCGAGGCGCUAUUUCAACCUCACCUCAUCAACGUGGAGGGUGUGGGCGUGGCCGAGCUGCUCUUCAACACCAUCCAGGCCGCAGACAUCGACACCAGGGCUGAGUUCUACAAGCACAUCGUCCUGUCUGGAGGCUCCACCAUGUACCCCGGCCUGCCGUCCCGCCUGGAGCGCGAGCUGAAGCAGCUGUACCUGGAGCGAGUGCUGAAGGGAGACGUGGACAAGCUGUCGAAAUUCAAGAUCCGGAUAGAGGACCCCCCUCGGCGUAAACACAUGGUGUUCCUGGGCGGCGCUGUGCUGGCUGACAUCAUGAAGGACAAGGACAACUUCUGGAUGACGCGGGACGAGUACCAGGAGAAAGGGACACGAGUGCUGGAAAAGCUCGGAGUCACCGUCAGAUAAAACGCAAACGAACAGAAACGCUCCCCCCUCGCCGACAGUCCGUGAAUCGCUCGUCUCGAUGUGUCUGGAUGAUCACGCUGAUUCACGCUCGUUUUGAAGAGCAAAGGGGGGACGUGGAGGUUUGGAGUCUCAUGGCGAGGGCCAGGGAGUCUCCUGUUUUUGAAUAUUUGACACAUAAAAUACUGAUGAUUAUGUUGCUGAGGUGCUGAUUUUGAAACUCCCUCUAAAGGAGCGGUACAACAUUUUAGGAAAUGGGCUCACUUCCUGUGAGAGUUGGAUGAUAAGAAUGACACCGCUCCGAUAGCUGACCGUUCAGUGUGAAGCUGGAGCCAGGCGACGCUUAGCUUAGCUUAGCUUAGCACACGGACUGGAAGCAGCCUGCCAGCUCCGAGUACAGGCUGCAGGAUUUCUCGGCUGGUUGACUGCCUGAGGUGAUGUCACCACCUUGAGCAAUGAUGUCAUUUGUGAACUUUGACCUUUUACUGUUCAGCCACCGUAACGUAGAGAGAAGUAGAUAAGUAUGUUACUCAGCAGCGAGGAAGCCCGGGACUCUUCAUGCCCUCGGCUUUGCCUCUCAGGCUGCGUUCCUGACAGCCAAUCAGACGCAGCGCGACACGCAUCCCUUUGGACAUGACGACGUGAUGUCUUCACAGACUUCAUACCGAUUAAACAAACGUGCUGAUCAGUGAGCUUUAGAGGUGCUGGUCGCGGAGCCAGGCUAGCUGUUUCCAGUCUGUAUGCUAAGCUAACUGGCUGUUGGCAGCAGCUCUGUGUUAGCAGGACAGACAUCAGAAUGGUGUCAUUCAUAUCCUCUAACUCUCAGGAAGAAAAUCUUUCCCAAAAUGUCCGCCUGUUCCUUUAAAAAUAAGGUCAUCAUGGGUGGCGUUAAGACGCCGUCCCUUCUGACACCAGUUUACUUUGAUUAAGAGAUAUUCAUAUAUAUUUUUUUUAAGCAGCUCUGAUUAUUUUGGGUCGUCUGCCGCACGAGGCCAGAACGAGCUCCUCGCGGUGCGUUCAAGUUCCUUUCCAAAACGAGACCUGCGCCAUGUGAGAAAUGUGUCACCUAAUCUGUCAAAACAGAUGCUGACAUCAAAAAUACUGCUCGCAGAGAUGAGAUGUCUGAGCGCGUAGAUCAUUACAUACCGUGUCUCAUAAAAUACUGAUCAUCGAGUAACAUCAUGCUGUGGGCGCAGCAGGGCAGGCAGCCAUCUUGAACCUCUGAGUGUCUCCGUGUCUUCUCUUUGCUUGUCGAGCAGUUCGUAACCCCCCACACGGGAUGAUGAAUGUGAGUGUGGGAGGAAGCUGAAGACAGCUCAAAGUCUUCUUCCUUAAGUGUUGGGAGGUUUGAUUUGUGGUUUGUGGUCUUGGAGCUCUUAAUGGGUUUGAUUUGGGCGUCUCUGGCGUAUCCACCAACAAAUCAGCCGUCUCAGAUCGCACGCGUUUGAUGAGCGAACUGCUUCCAUUCCUUUAAUGAUUCCAGAGCAUCGAGUCAUUCCUCAGUCUCGAUCCGGGACUGUCACGCUCCACGUCAACGUCUGGCAGCACUUUGGACAUUUCAGCCUCUGAGCGGUUCAGAAAACUUCAGGGAGGAUCAACUAAGAGGUCCAGGCAGACUGCGGUCAGCUGAUUUGAUUCAUGGAAAAGCUAAUGGUCAGGAUUAUUCAGGAAUAAAAGUGACUGUUAGUCGCAGCCCCUCAGCUCUGAUUGGUCGGUUCACAAACACAAGUGGUUUGGAUUGACUGUAAUGGAAGGUAGUUGGAUGGUUUUACCUUGCAGAGCGUUAAGACGAGUGCGUCUUCGUGCUCCUCCUCCUCACGGCGAGUGUUUGGAACCCAAAGCUCAGAGACUGAACUGUCCGGGUUGGGGUGCAGGACUGUGACAGUCCAGGACCGCGGCUGCUUGUCUUAUGACAGUCGUGCACUUUGCUUUCAGUUGCGCUGACGCUCCAUCAGCUUCUUUUCUUUUUGCUUUCUUUUCUCUCUACGUCCUGAACGUGAAUGGAGACGAGGCUGGUCCCCCCGUGCAGAAGCUGAUCUGGGUUCAGUCAUCGUACGACGAGUGCGGCGAACAGACUGGCUGGACUUGGCGUAUGGGCUGAUACUGAUACCAGUGCAUUAAAACACGUGUGCAUGCUGAUGAUUUUCUCACGGCUGUACACCAACACUGUGUGCAAGUACGUGAAGUCGUGUACUUGUGCAGUAUAAAGUCUGUCCAGUUGCACACAGGAGUACUGCAGUACUCCAGUGUCGGGUCGCUACUUACACUCCAGUAUUUUAGGCAGCACCAGGUCCCAGUCCGGGUUUCUGGCUCAGAUGUCGGAGGCAUAAUGAAACGGAUUCUGUUUCACGUCUCAGUCCGGAAGGAGAAAAGGAUCGACUGUAGCUUCAUGUGAACAGUUUAGUGAGAUAAGAAGUUCUGUGGUGGCUGUUGGCUCUGAAAGAUCUCGACUUAGGACCAAUGAGCCUCAGCCGCAGUCAGAGGUGUUGCAUUCAGGACCCGCCGGGAUGCAAACCUGAACGCAUCCUCAGAUCAUCGUGUGCCUCAGAAACAUUCAUUCAGGGCCUCCUCUUCCUCCUCCUCUUCCUCCUCUUCCUCCUCCUCCUCCUCCUCCUCCUCUUCCUCCUCCUCCUCCUCCUCCUCUUCCUCCUCCUCCUCCUCCUCCUCUUCCUCCUCUUCCUCCUCUCCUUCUCAGUCUUGACUGUACUGAAGAUGAAUUUUUGGGUUUGAGGGUCCAGCAGAAGGUGAUUUGUGUGGAAAUAUUAUUUGUAAUGUUAAUGGGACUCUGGUGUCAGGAAAUGAGGCCACGUAAAAGCUGGUAUUGGUGGGUUUUCCGUCUCGGUUCUUAUGUUUAUGUUGGACGCACUUGGCUCACAUGAAUGAACAUAAACGUAUGAUUUCCUUUGGACAACACGGUCAUCAAGUGCCAAGUUCAGUUAUCCUCGCUGGAUGUUAUUUUUGGUCGUCCUUUUCAUGUUUUGUUUAUAACAUAACUGCCAACCGCUGGUUUAAAUAAAGCAAAGUGAUUUAUAGAC